GUCGCGAGCACGAACAUGUAGAGGAAGAUGCAUGGGAUCCCGCCUUCAUGGAUGACCUCGUCAACGGCAUCGAGCUGUUAGACGCUAGGCUCUGGAAGGAGGCGGCCAUCGCCCUCGUCACGAUUAUGUACGAAGAAGCCAAGUCUAGGGGGUCCACCAUGAACUGGAAGGCGGGCAAGACGGAGCUCAUGGCCUUCUUCAGCGGCACAGGCUCCAGGAAGGUGAUGAUGGCUAAGGCGGAGGACGCGGAGCUAGCACGCGCGCUCCGAGAGAAAGGCCACUAUGCGGAGUCAGCGCAGCUGGCGCCUGUCCUCACGACAGGCCCUAGGAGUCAAGGCGACAUCCAGGAUAGAGCGGAGAAGUCCAGUGCCAUGGCGGGCAUGAAUGUUUUUGUUCUGUCACUAAAUAUUCUCGAGCUUUUCCAGAAUUCCAUCGAGGGAUUUCACAAGGAGCUGUUGUUCAUUACUGAUCUUAUUCUAGCUGGGUCGCCCUCGGAGUGGAGGCAGCUGGAGCUCGACAGUGCGUGCCUUCGGGCGGCACUGACGCUGGCGCCGUGUGCGGCGUCCUCGGGCCUGGCGACCUUGCUCAUUUUAAACCCACCUGCUCCGCAAGCCAACUUGCCCUGUAUUUGGAAGGUCCCCGAGGUCAGGUUCCUGUGCUCCCUGCAGGCAACGUCUCCGACCACCGCGUCGAGCUGUGUGCCCAUUGGGGACCGUCAGUGCCUGUGCAUGAAUGCCGUGCCGAUCCUGGCCCCUCCUGACAGCAGCCAGGUAGAGUUCUACGUAGCUGCUGUUAUCACGCAG